CGUGGCGAAUCUGUGGUAAUUGGAUAUAGGGAUUAUUACUUUCCUCUCCGCAACGAACGGUUACGAGUUUCUCCUUCUCUGUGAUCUGAUGGCGCAAGACGAUCAAUCGGCGGCGAGAUCCACCGGAACGGUUAACUGGUUCAGCGAUACGAAAGGCUACGGUUUCAUCGCUCCAGAUGAUGGCGGAGAAGAACUCUUCGUUCAUCAGUCUUCAAUCCUCUCCGAUGGUUUCCGAACCUUGACUGUUGAUGAACCGGUUGAGUACGCGAUCGCGGUUGGAAACGACGGAAAGACCAAGGCCGUCGAUGUCACUGCUCCUGGCGGCGGAUCUCUCAACAAGAAGGAAAUGAACUCUGGCGGAAACGGCGGUGGUUGUUUCAGUUGCGGCGAGGUUGGCCACAUGGCGAAGGAUUGCGUCGGCGGUCGCAGAUCCGGUGGCGAAGGUUCUUGCUACGUGUGCGGCAAUGUAGGACACUUCGCUAGGGAUUGUAGGCAGAACGGCGGUGGAAACAGUGGUGGUGGCGGAGGUGAGUGUUACAGUUGCGGAGAGGUUGGUCAUAUGGCGAAGGAUUGUCGUGGUGGGAACAGAUACGGUGGUGGUGGUCGUGGAUCUGGCGGUGAUGGAUGCUACACGUGUGGUGGUGUGGGACAUUUCGCUAGGGAUUGCAGGGCAAAUGUCGGAGGUGGAAACACUUGCUAUACAUGUGGUGGAGUCGGCCACGUGGCGAGAGUUUGCACAAGCAAGAGACCGUCUGGUGGUUGCUACGAGUGUGGAGGCAUUGGCCAUUUGGCUCGUGACUGUGAUCGUAGAGGAAGAGGUGGCAAGUGUUUCACAUGUGGCGAGGAAGGUCACUUUGCAAGGGACUGCUCUUCACUUGCUUAACAAUAAAGAAAAGUAAUGUUCAUAAACUUCUUUGUCUUCAAAUUGGUUUUCUGAUGUUUACUAUUCAACAGGUGACUUUAACUUGAUAGCUAGAGUUGUUUCGGUUGAUGGUUUGGAAUGUUUCUUGGGAGUCUAAGAUCUCUAUAUUGCUCGUAUAUGACACGUUCUUGAAUACCUAUUCACUGCUUUUGUUGAUGCUAUAACCCAUAAGUUUGUAACCUUGAAUGAUAUGUGUGAUUUGCUUAUG